CUCGUGUCUCUGGCCCUGAAGUAGACAGACGCACACAGCUGUAAGUAUUAGAAAACAUAGUACGUGUGAUAGGACAAUUAGAAGAUAGGAAGAAGGAAUUAGAAUUUCCCAUCCCUGCUCGAGCAAUAAAGUUCGCCCUGGUUGUGUAUUUCACCGGAUCUCCGCCCUAGUAGAAAAAAAACUUUUUUCGCGAGUUUAUUUCCGACAUUCUUUCACAACGCGAAAGCGAAACCAGAAACACAGCAACACUGCCUGAUUACCACCUUUCUCAAAAUGCGGUGCGAACUGGAAAGCGUGAAGACCUUGGUCUCUCUGCUUCCGACCCUGAAACUGAGUCAUUUUAAGAAGGAUCAGCAGAUGGUCUUACUCGAAGCCCUCCCUGACAGCCUCCGGUUUACCGCUCUCAACGCCGGCAAGACCGUUCGCGUGGUUCUCACCUUCAAAAGCGGUAUUUUUCGCUCCUACGUUUUCGAACAGGGGGACUACGCGGCUGCUAAUGUGGUCCUUUUGGAUCAUAACCAGCAGCCGCAAGAACUUUUACAGCAGGAAGUAGAAGCCGUUGGUGGUCCUCCUGUGGGCGCAGCAGCAGCAGCAGCACCGCAUCUUCAACAGCAGCAGCAAAACCAGAACUUCCGUGUGAGCGCGCACCCACUACUGUUUCUGAGGCUCGAUGCACUAAUCAAUGCACUGUCGACGUUUGGUAUGCAGGCGCACCUGAAAUUCCACCUGAAUAUGCUGGAACAGAGACUGGAAAUCAAGCUGAUUGGGGACAAUGGGGGGUCAGAGGUGAAGCUGAAGGGACACGCUUUCGCCCGUGAAGACAUGGCGAUCUACGACCAGAUAUCCUGUGUAAAAACGUCCCCACCCCAUCGAGCUUUGGUUCUUGUUGCGCAUGCCAACGAGUUUGGCCUCUUACUAUGGUCCUGCUUAGCUAGUUUACCAGCAUCAAAAAUCUAGCAUAUCAACAUGCUGAUUGGAACAUGACGAAUUCCGAACCAACGCUAGAAGAUGUUUCUCAUGGGGCUCCGCAUGAGAAACAUCCCCAGCGUGCAGAAUUGCAUUACAGCUAUGGGGUGGGGACGUUUUUAAAAGUGACACAGUAUCCACAACUUGUUCGACUCGAUGCGGAAAACGAACAGAAUCGAGGCCUUCUCCGUGAAGCAGGGAUCCGUUAUCCCUCAGAAAAAGACAGGCAGGUCAUGUUUGUAAUGCAAAACAAGACAGACAGACAUGACAAAAAAAUCUGUAUUGCAGUUCCUAAAUACCAUGCUAUGGGAUCGCCCAUGACAGAUUUUUCUGCUAAGUCAUUUUUGCAUUACAAAUAUGCCCUGCCUGCUUUUUUCUCUGGGAUAUACGUCGACUUCUUGUGCCAAGCGUGUUCGGGCGACGGGGAUGUAGACCAGAAGGAUUUAACGAUAUGGAUUGCAAAAAUGUCUGGGUCUGGAAGAUUGCAACUUGUGAUGCUGUCUUUGGAUACUACAAAAAUCUGUAUUGCAUGAACAGUAAAGGAGGUCCAGUUUUUGCCACGUCGGCGAGGGGGCAUUUCUCAUGCGGUAUAGGCAUCAGGAAGCCCUCACAAAAUCUGUGAUGCUAGGGCAUGCAUCACAGACGUCGAGACUCAUGCAAACUGUGCAUGACAAGCCUUGCAUCCUUCCAGACCCAGACAUUUUUGGAGUUCAUAAACCAAGACGGUGAUCAUAAAACGAGUGUUGAACAGAAGGGCGGAAGACACUGGGG